UGAAUAGAAAAAUCAACUAUUUAUGGAUUUCCUGUAUCUGGAUUUUUCCAAUCAUCUAACAGAUGUGUUUGGUCAGGAAUUUCAACCAAGAAUAAACAUCUGGAUAGAACAUUGUACCCUUUAUUCCAAUUGGACGUCGACAGCGCACAUUGGAAAUGGAACUUGUCCAUUUGGCGAAUUCGGUGUCAAAUUGGAAGAAAACGGUACCCGCGUUGCGUUCACGUAUACAAGUGAUCUGAAAUAUUCUUACUGGGGAUUAAAAGUAUCCACUAAAUACAAUAUUCAAGUUACACCUUAUUUACGGUGCAAGAAUGACAAGUUCAUUGAAUCCAGUGAAAAUAAACGAAACGCCUCAGUAGAAAUUACAUCCCUAGACAUCUUGACUAGCGAAUCCGUGAAUCCUGAAAAAGCUUGUCUACACAAUGACGCUUACGGGUCAUCUAGGGUUAAAAGUUGGCAGCGCAAAGUGAGUUCUAAAGAUGCAGUGAUAGGGAUUUUUCCUACAACACAGGAUGUUGCGACAAAGACGCAUGAUUCUUCUAUAAACAAAUCAACAAUUGCAAAGGAAAAUAAAAAAUCAAGAGAGAUAUUCUCACACAUGAAUAAUCUCCUGGUUUAUGGUGUGGGCAGUGGGGGCCUUCUGUUCAUUCUUCUCCUUAACGUUCUAGUCAUCGUCUGUUGCGUAAAGAGAAAACGAGAGAAAAUGAUUAACUUAAGUUUGAAUGUUGAACAGUGA